AUGCAACCAAGUUGUUAUCUUUCGUUUCAUGCGUUUCAUUUGAUCAAUAUGUCGGUAACAACCGCGGUAACCAUGUACAUUGAAAACAUUUGUUACCAUAGCAGCCAUUGCGAACGGCGAGUUAUUGUAUAAUUCAGAUUGGUCCACUGACAAACUUUUCUUUCAUGUUGACCAUGAAAUAGUGGAAGCUGUUAUUUGUCAAAGAGCUGAUCUAUGUUCAAGACUUGUGAUAUGAAGAGGAAAAACAAAGUGAAACCUCAGGAAACACCUGACUGGAAGAGAAAACAUGGUUUUCAGUUACCGUUGCAUCCUCAACAGAUAAUUGGGUGGUCACUUCUGUUUUUUGCUGCCUUCUUCGUUCACACCAUUCAAAUCCCUUCGUUGCCAUUUAACUUUAGAAUUCCUCUACAAUUAGUCAUUGCAGUGAUUUUGACCAUUCUUGUCUGUUCAAUGCUGGUCACUUCUUUGUGUAAUUGUGAAGACCUUGGAUGCCAAACAGUUAAGGACAAUGCAGUCAAAUGCCAGUGGUGUGAUGUAAUCUUAUCUAGUCCUCAAACUAAACAUUGCAGUCUUUGCAAUAAAUGCAUUGAAGGCUUUGAUCAUCAUUGCAAGUGGCUUAAUCAAUGUAUCGGCAGUCGAAAUUAUUUCCAUUUUGUUAUAUCCAUCACGAGUGCCUGUAUCUUGUGCGUGACUAUUUGUUUGCUGAGUGUUGCCGAAAUCAGUUUACUUUACACUUGCAGAAGGAGUUUCACCUGCAUCAAACCUCUCUUUCUCGAUACCGCACUAGAUCCCGUUCUAUUCACUGUCCUGUCGAGUGUAUUUUUUCUUCUGAGUGCAUUCGGAAGCGGCUUGUUGAUUCAUUUGUGUGUCUUUCACGCCUACAUCAAGUGGAAUGGCUGGACAACUUAUGAAUAUAUACGGCGGCAAUUAGACAAUGAAUUAAAUUCAUAUCCCCCCAAUUAUCUUGUAAAGAAGACAAAGAAGCGAUGGUGGAGUCAGUGUCCUUGUUUCGCUUGCUAUACUGCGUGUCAAAACAAAUCUCAUCGUGAACAGACAAAUUCUCCCAUCUACACCAUUUCUAGUGCCGUAACAGGAGUAUCCAGCCUUUUACUCCACCACACUCUCAACAACGUAGUAUCCAUCCAUCCUUCCCUGUCCUCCACAGUCCUGACCACCGAUAAUAAAGUUGGAUCUCUUGGAAAUUCCAAUAAGCUUUGGAAACAAACACCCAAUCUACCGAAAAUCAUUCGCACCUCGCCUAGUGUAGACGCGUCCGGUGAAUUGUGGACUAGUUUAAACGCCCGCGAACUGCCCAACCCUACUGGUCAUUUGUUGAAGCCAGCCUAAAUGUUAUUUCAAUUAUUUACUGUAUUGAGUGCAAAAAAUUGUGGAAUUUUUAGUUUAUGACAUCGACUCGCCUGAUUUUUUAACAAACCAUCUCCCCUUUCUCUCU